UUAGGCUUUCCAUGGACCGCAAGUGCUGGUGGCUGGGAUCAUCAGGCUGAGCGCUGCAACCGAGAAAGGGGAGGAGGAAAGCGGCCACGGGGGGCGGCACAGCUCGGGGAUUUCGGGCCUGUUCCGCUGUGAAAGGAGAAAGCCACGCAGUUCUAAUGGAUGUUCUCGCUCAGCUAGAAGUUUACCGGUAGCGGAUCACAGAGGCAGUAUUUCUUGGCCGUGAUAACCAUGCGUCUGAAAAAGGGACCUUCUCAUUCCUUCCAUCCACCAUCUACCGUCCAUUCAUCUCGAGGAAGCCAUGUUUACACAUUUACUAAUGGGUCAUCCGACCUCGACAGCUCCUCAGAAGAAGAACUUAACAUCUUGGAACUGCGAGCGAGAGGAGGAAAGCUUCAUAGACAGAGCACAUCGAGGGAAAAAGUUGGUGAUAUUGUUCUGCUGGAGCAUGCCAUUACAGAGAAUGACAACCUUAACAAACUGGCACUGCAGUAUGGCUGCAAGGUUGCUGAUAUUAAGAGGAUCAACAACUUUCUGAAAGAGCAGGACAUGUUUGCCUUAAAGACCAUCAAGAUUCCAGUCAAAGUUCAUGGCAUUUUAACAGAGGGACAGCAGGAGCCAAAUGCACAUAAAGGCCGAUCAGCAGAUUCUAUAGACGUUGUCAUAGAGUCUGGUGAUGAGGCAUCGGUCACGCCAACUGGAAACCGAGAUAUAACCCAGUACUUCCGGGAGAUCGACCAGAACAUUGAGGCUGCGGCGCAGAACCAGGAGCUAUUCAGUGACUCACUGGACCUUGGUAAAGGCAACAAUCACCUCUCCACCAUCAUGAAGCAUAAAGAACCCAAUCUAGGAGCAGACUGGGGCAUACGAUGGUGGAAUGCUGUUUGUAUUAUGCUUUUAAUUGGGAUUGUGCUGCCAGUAUUUUAUAUCAUAUACUAUGAAACAUGGAAAGAAAAAUCACACUCUGCCAAUGUCACAAUUAAUGUUAUGUCAAACAUGAGCAGAUUGCUGGCAGAUCAAAUGCCCAACCCUGUGCAGUAUACAAAGAGACCUGUUGAUACGGGAGGCUGAGAUCUCAAGGAGGAAUAGAUGUCUCCAGUCUUAACAGAACCAGCUUGUCACUUUAUCUACACCAGUAUAAUAACUUUGUGUUUAUUGGUGGGAUUCACCACCAGGAGCAUUUAUCAAAAGGUGUUUUACAUGAUCAGAGUAAUAUAAGAAAAAAAUGCUCGACACACUACCGUCUUAUGGACUCGUAUCCCAUCUUCUGUUGUUUUACCAAAUAAUUCUCAUCCAAGAGCCAGCUUCAAGAUGUCAGGACUGUAUGAAGCUCCGGAUGGGUAUAAAGUGCUGCUAAAUUUGUCCUUUGUUUCCUGAUAUUGCAGACUAGAGCUUUGCUUCCCCCUGUUGGUUUUUAUGGUAGGUGUUUGCUUUUGGGGGUCCUAGUGAUGGCAUAGUGUUGUAUCAGUGUAUUUGGUUUUUAAUAAGUGGUAUGAAGCUUUACAAAUGUUCACAUAUAACUUCCUUCAGUGAUUUUAAAUGAGGCAUGACCACCUAGUAGAGAUGUCCAUUACCUUUUUGAAGACUUCCCUAUACAGCUAAGGUCUCAUGCACAGGAACAUUUUAUUUUUUCCCCGUGUCUGCUCUGGGUGGUUUUGCGGCCCAUAAGCAGAAACAUUCACUUCAAUUGGGUGGCAAAAGAAAAAAAAAAAAAAAAAACGGAAAUGUCUCCACGUGCAUUCUGUUUCUGUAUGUCCAUUCUGCAAAAAAAAAAAAAAAAUGUCCGAUAAUUGGACACGUCUGUAAUUGCAUUACAGACAAGGAUAGGGCUGUUCAGUUAGGGGCCAGCUGUUCAGUUCCACAAAAAUACAGAAUGCAUAUAGCCAGUAUCUGUGUUUUGUGGAUCCACAGUUUACAGACCACAAAGCAUCCAACGGUUGUGUGCAUGGGCACAGGCUUCACAUGAUGUAUCAGCUACUUCUGAUCCAAGUGCGAGGUACAAGUGAAGUCAUAGCUGAUCAGUUUUGUGACGGUACAGGUUUCAGCUACUAUCCGACUUCUCAUUAUCCCACCUGCUGCUAUUGGAUGGUACAAGAAGUCUUAAAGGGGGUCAUGUCGCUCGGAUAUGCCCCGAAUAUCUGUUAGGUGAAAGGUGCCGCCUCUAGGACCCACACCCAUCUCUAAAAUGGAGCCUGCAAAGAGAAGGAGAGCAAACUGCCCAUUUGCGGCCACCCCCUCCAGCUUGGCUAUUUCUGUCAGCCCCAUAGAAGUGAAUGGAGCAGGUCCCAGAGUAAAGUAACCUGCAAAGUGUCUUUAUUGUAGGUGACAAAAGGGUGGGGGAUAGCAGCCCAAUUCACCUUUCUUGUGACACUGAGGAGAGCAUGAAGGAUCAGAGCUGUUCCGGACUUUACCUCUGACUGAAGCUAUGCUCCCAUGGCUAAAAUCCGCCAUAGUGGAAAAGAGCCAUAUUUGCUGUGUAAUCCAGCUUCCCUUUGACUUUAAUGGGGAAAUUGUGGACAUCGGGGUCCAGUCCACUUCAUAAGUGGCCCAUUACUUCUUUAAAGUGAAUUUCAGCCGUGUUCCCCAUUGAUGUUGGGGAAGAGCUAAAAUUGCUUGUGGUUUUUGUGCAUUUUUGGCAAUGUUUCCACCAUCAUAACCAUGCUGCUCCCAGAUGCAGAUUAGCCUACAGCUCUGCCAUUGUUUUCUAAGCGGCAGACUUUAGCUGUCUGAACCUAUCCUGAAAGUCCUAGGAACUGCACUCCAGCAUUUGGGGCUCAUGCACACAACUGUUAGAUGUUUUG